AUGUUCCUCCAUAUUUCAAUCCUCCAAAUCUUUCUCAUUUCCCAAGUCAAAUCUUCCGAUGAAUGCACUGUAACAUAUCAACUCGAUGAAAAUAAUCCAAUUUUUGCUUUUCCUGUCGAUUUCUUUUGGACUGACGGAAAACUUAAUGGCACCCUGAUUUGCUUAAAAACUUGUGCAGACUGUGAUCUUUUCUUUGAUGUCACGAGGUUUUGCAUUCUUCCACCGGAUAACGAUUCUCCAAAUUGUCCACCAGAAAUGGGACUGAGAAUCAAUGGAGAAAUGGUGAAAGUAUCCGAUUGCAAAACAGAGGUUCCUUACUCUGAUUUUGGUUUGCGAACACUUCUUGAAAGAUGUACAAUGGAGUUGAAAGGAGAUCAACACUUUGAUUGGCUUCCAGAUGAUAAAGAUCCGACUGGAUCUUUAUCAUCUUUAUGGAUCCUCAUUUGCUGUCCGACCAAUUACGAUUAUCAAUUGGAAGCAAUGAAUAUGCGAUCAUCUAUGGACAUCAGUGCAAUCAAUAUCACUUAUCCGAAAUCUCCCCGUCCGAUUUAUGAUGACCCGGACUGUUCGUAUGAUUUAUUCAUCGGAAUGCCACCGGGAAAGACUUCAGACGGUGUUGAUCGAAGAUUGUGCCAUUACGAG